AUGUCUCAAUCGUAUAUCAAGGGGCCGGUCUGUGGGACUAAUAACUGUCCCUCGAGACUUUAUAGAGUGGUGGAUGGUCUUAAAAUCUGUCAGUUUGGUCAUGUUUUAGAGGGAGAUAUACAAAUCAAUGACGAUGAAGAUGGAGAAGUUGUAGUAACCAAAAAGUUGGAUUUGAGAAUUAGUGAAACAGGUGAGCUUGUUGCAAAAAGAAAGAAACGGGAAAAGGCUCACGUUGCCAGGUUGACGGGUAAUAUUGGUAAAGAAUUUUACCUCAAAAUAUUACAGAAAAUACUUCAAUCACAACUUCAAAGUGUUAUUUUGUUCCUCAAUGAAGAGUUUCAAACAUCUGAUGAUUUCACCAACACAUUAAAGACAGUGGUGAAAUUAAACUGGAUUAAGCUUUUAGAGUUCCAUUUACUGGAAGACAGUAUGGGAGAUGGUGAAAAUUUCCAAAUCAAGUCAAACACUAAGUUACCUAACAUCAAUGAUACCAUUCUUACAAUAUAUUAUUCAAUCGUACAAUUGAACUAUGUUCCAUUAUACUUUGAUGACUUGAUAGAGAUGAUUGGAACAAAUGUGCUACCUAGUCAUGACACUUAUCACUUGUUGACCCCCGAAGAGUUGGCUAGAAUCCCUUUCGAUUAUUACACCAAUAUAAAAUUUGCUGGUCUUAGUGAAGCAUGGAUUAUACUGCAUUAUCUCAAAUUUGCUUCCAAGAUAUCCUUGAGUAGACCUAAAUAUAACUACUACAUCCCUUUCUUGUUGAAAACUACCAUGCUGCUUUUAUUACCCAAUAGUAUUGAGAUCUUUGUCUUAACAAAUUCUUUGGUCUCGAAGAUGGAUUUCACUUUAGAAUUCCCUGAGUUGAUGUUGGUUUCCUCAGUCAUAUUCAUGAUAAAGAUAUACUUCAUAUAUUUGUCACCUCAGAUCAACUACCAGACUUGGCUCAAUAAUCUUAAAACCAAAACUUUCGAAUCCAAUGAAGUAUAUCAGUUUAUGAAUAAGACCAACUAUGAGGAUAUCAAUCAAUUGGUACGUUAUGACGAUAAGAAAAUUCAAAGUUAUUUGGAAUAUCUUAAUAAAAAGGUAUUCACCAAAAAUUUAGGUAGCUCAAUUAUGCAAGACAGAUUGAAACUUAUCUUUAAUCUAGAUGAUGUUGAUGAUAAUGAUUUUAAUGAUAUAGACAUAGAUAAUGAUAAUGAGAAUAAUGAUAAAGACAGAGAAUAUUUAGAUUAUUUCAAGAAUCCUCCAAAGAUCACUCAAAGAGAUAUUUUCGUAAUUGAAGAUUUCCUUUUUGGUCACUUCAGUAGCCGAUUUUUCGUUUCUAAAAGUUUCAUCUACAAGAAAUAUUUGGAAGUUGAGGAAGCUGUGAAGCACAUAAAUAGAUAA